AUGGACGGCGAGGGCUGCUGGGACUUCCCCUCGGACGCCUUCGCGGAGAUCCUGCUGCGCCUCCCGGCGACCUCGCGGCGGCGGUUCCGCCUCGUCUGCCGGCACUGGUGCGACGUCAUCGACGAUCGGGCGCCGGCGAGGCCGAGCGAGCCCAAGCCCCUCACAUACGUCAUCCGCGACAGGGGCUGGAGCUGCGCGACGGGCUCUGCGUACGUCAUCGACGACCCGGCGGCGGAGGGCCGGUGCAGGGAGGUGUGGCGCGGCGGGCCCCUCCCCGCCACGGGCUGCUGCUUCGACACGCGGAUGGUCGGCACGUGCAACGGCCUGCUCUGCCUCUGCGACAACACCAGGCCCGGCGGCGCCGUCUCGCUGGUCAACCCGGCCACCGGCGAGUCGCUGGCGCUCCCGCCGCUGCCGGGGCACGCGAGGAUCGGCGGCAUCAUCACGCGCUGGCACGAGACGUACGGCUUCGUGCAGCACCCGGCCACGGGGCGGUACACGGUCGUGCACCUCCCGUGCUACUCGGACCGGACGGGGCAGCUCGACGCCGUGCGGGCGUUCACGCUGGGGGAGGCGGUGGCGGCGUCGGCGUGGCGCGACGUGGCGGCCCCCGUGGGCGCGAACUGCCGCCUCGACGCCGGCCUCGUCGCCGUCGACGGCGCGGCUUACUGGGUCACCAAGGGGAGCGAGAGGGUCAUGUCGUUCGACGCAGAGGACGAGCGCGUUGCGCCGGUCGCCGCGCUGCCGGUGGCGGUGGUGGACGGAAACUGCUGCCACCUGACGGAGGUGCGCGGGCGGCUGGGCUUCGUCGUCACCGUCGACGAGCCGAAGCUGGCGAGGGUCGAGGUCUGGGUUCUCGAGGGUGGACGAGAUGGGCGAGCAUGGAGCUGUCGGUACAGGGUGCAGGUGCACGGGGCGCCGAAGGCGUCGCGGCAGCAGCUGGCGCGGCCGCACUUCGUCUUCGCGCGCGCCGGCGAGUGCGUCCUGACCAUCGGCCCCGAGGACCGGGAGAGCGUCGUGUUCGCGCACCGGCUGGCGGGCGCCGGGAGGCUGCAGUGCGGAGAGGUGCGGACCAACGAGCGGAAGCCGGGGACGCCGGUGGCCCGCGCCCGCAACGCCCACAUCCGGACGUUCGCCUACGUCGAGACCAGGGAGCCGUUGAGUGUUUAUAGCAGGGCUCGGUGA